UUUCAAACAUCACGCCGACCAAUGAAACGCUUCGUUGUUUCACUUCCGCGGUCUGGGUCUUGAUGACGUUUUGCGUCAUUCUAUCAAACACGAAAGGCAGUUUCUGGAAGAAUUCACGUGUCGAUUCAAAAAGCAGUGCGCCGAUCUUCAUAAGAUGAAGAAAGAAAAUGUAAAACGAAACAUGGUAAUGUUUUCUGCGUAGUUCUGGGACAGGAUUGUAUAACACAUCUCAUCGAGGAAUCUUGGAGUCUUAACGAUUGCCUCUCGUCCAGAGUCAAGAUGCCAGUGGACAGAAUGAGAAUGCGCCCCUGGUUGGAGCAACAGAUUAGCAGUGGGGAAAUUCAAGGUCUUCACUGGGUCAGUGAGGAGAAAAGGAUAUUUCAGAUACCAUGGAUGCAUGCAGCCAGACAUGGAUGGGAUUUGGAAAAGGAUGCACCCUUAUUUAAGAACUGGGCCAUUCACACAGGAAAGUAUCGUCCAGGUAUUGACAAACCAGAUCCUAAGACAUGGAAGGCAAAUUUUCGCUGUGCUAUGAAUUCUCUACCAGAUAUUGAGGAAGUGAAAGAUCAAAGCAUGAAGAGAGGAAGCAAUGCCUUCAGAAUGUACAGGAUGCUUUCCCCAUCCGAGAAAGCCGUUAAGAAAGGGAAGAAAAAGAUGGACCUGGAGCAAAGAGCAAAAGGUUUUCAGAAACGGAAAGCUAGCACUCCCAGAAAAAUUAAAAUGUCUAAAGGACAGCGUGAAGCGGAGCUUAAGAUGGAAACUACACCUGACAGCACUGUGCUAUUUGCUGAGCAGGAGAGCUCCUCUGAGCCCAUGUCAUCUGAGAAGGAUAUGGCUAUAGCUGAACUACCUGAUGUGUGUGCAGUUGUUGAGGUGGCAACAGAGAAUGAAGAACCUGAGGUUCGCCCAACUGAAGUGUCUCUGCCUCUCCAGGACUCCCAUGUUUCAUCCUACAGUGAGAGUGACACAGAGAGCACAUGCAGCGACGAAGACUUAGUACAGCUUCCUCAGGACCUGUCCAUAAAAGCUUUACAAAGAUCAUCUUUUAGUUCUGUGUUAAGGAUCCCACCAUCAACCUCAAACAUAUUUUUCACAUCAGCGAAAACAAAUUUCAGAGUGACCAGCUGCAGAGAGGACUCGCCCCUAAUUGCUUAUAACACUCCUCCAUGGUUUCCCUGCUUGUUUAAUUUCCAAAAUGUCACAGAUGUGCGACCCUCAAGCCCUGCCCCCAAACCAGAUCUCACCAGCAGCCCAACUUCUCAGCCAAAUGUGAUGGCUAAAGCUGUGGACCUCUCUGUUACAAAACACUACAAUGAAGACACUUGAAAUGUACAACCUGCUGCUGUUCAGCUGAUAAACUUACAACCCAUAAUUCAAUAUUAAUCAAGUGCUCUCAGGUGUGUUAGACUUGUGUUGAUGUUCAGCUUUUAAAACCAAACCAAACAGUUUUAAGCUAUCUGAAUCCGUUAUACUAGAUUAUAUUUCUGGAACUUUUUUCAAGACACUACCUCAUUCUCAUAAUUGUAUUAAGUAUGUAAGUUGUAGAACUACCUCACAGUCACAGAUGCAACUUUUGAUCACAGAAGUAGUCAGUCAAGCUAGUUAUAAUGCAGCUUUGGGAGCAUAACUAAUUGUAGAACGCAGAAUAUGAAUAGUAAUAAUUUAAUAUUUGGUACCAUUUCAUCCUUGUUGACAGUAGACGUAACAAAACAAUCACGAAUGAAAUAGAACCGUUACUGGAGAUUUGCAUGUAUGUUUUUCUACAGUGUGUAGCACAAUAUUGAGAUCAGUUUUUGAAAGAAAUGUUGGAAUUUUUUUUUUUUAAUGAAUUUGGCAUGUUUGUCAAUUCAAUAACCGCAUUAUUGUACUGCCUGGCAUCAUUUUUUAGUUUUACUUGAGGAUCCUCUCUCACGUUCGUGGGACUACAAAUACUUGAAUAGAGACGCUCAGCUGAUUAAGACUGGUGCAUUAACUUGUCAAACCAUUUCCUUUGUGUUCUGACAGAAUCUUGUUUCAGUGUAAUUGAGAUUUUGCUAAGGUUUCUUGUAUAAACUAUUUUUAUACAACAGUCGAUGAGCAUUAUGAAGAAAUACAGCACUGAGAUUUAAAAGCAAAUAUAAAAACAGUUUUUAUUGUAGUGUCUUGAUGAUUAAAAAAAAUUAAACAAUACAAAAUCUUUUCAACA